UAGCAGCACGGCUGCGUUCUCAAAGCGGAACGAAGCUUUUGAGCUUUCGCGCCCAGUCCGUGCCCGCCCGUUCCCGCCCUUUCCCGGCGGCGGGGGCGCUGAGGCGGCAGCGCGGGGGGCCUGAGGGCAGCCGGGGCCCGGGGCUUUGGUUCUCUGCUGCAGCGGGGGCUGCGAGGAGCCCCGGCCCUGCCGCUUGUGAGUCCCCUCAGGGUGCACCUGAGCGCCCGAGUCUCCCCUGCUGUCUGAGGUCGGUCCCCACGGUGAAAAGCCCCACACAGCACCGGUUUGUUUAGUUUCUUUUUGGGGCACGGUGGAAAAAAGAGGUGAGUGGUGGAAAAAUCACUGUUGAAAUACACACCUGUGGAUUGGAGACACUCAGAUCGGCUAAAAGAGGUACCCACACGAGAUGGGCAAGGGCCGUGUGGGCGUGUGAGGUGGCAGGAUUGUUUUCCACCUGGCUGAGGGGGACUGAGAAGUUCUUCUUUGUAAACUCAUUUUUAGUGCAAAGAAAAGCGUCUGUACGUCGGAUAAAAUAGAUGCUUGCAGUUAAAAGUGCCAUGGCAGCACAGGGACAGGCACAGCCAGACACUAUGGACCAGCCUCUCCUCCUUUACAACACGUCCUCAACAAUCAAUAUUCAAAAAGCAGAUUAAGUCCUGACAAUUUUCUUUAAUUGGAGGAUAAUUCUAAUGCAAGGGCUUUUGAUUUUCCAGCCAAUAAAUACACUUGUUUUCCAAGACACUUGUAAAAUCUAAAAAUCUUCAUACUACAUUGAGAAGCUUCAACCUCAGAAAAAGCUUGGUAUUAAAAAAGCACUGUUCCUUCCUUAGCAUAGUGGACCAUGUUUGUACAGAUCUAUGGAAUUUGGGAUUAAAAAACAUUUUCACAGCUAUUGACAAACAAUUAAAAUUAAACAAAGAAAACCAAAAACAGGAAACUGAGGUGCGUUAAGGUGAGUUGAUAAUGUUGGAAGGAGCUCACAGUCCUCAAUUUCCAUGUGUGAACCUAAUUUUCAGAUGUGUCUCUGCCCUGGCUAGUAGAAAAUCUACUGAUAUUUCUAGCUGUGUUGGAUUGUGUCUAGAAUGAGAGGUUUACUGAAGUAAAUAAGUAACUAUAUUUUUAAAAAGAGGGUAGUCUAUGUGUAAAAAUGUUUACCAGUGUAGAAAUGGCAUUACUUACAGAAUGCAGAGGUAUAAUAGCUAUAUAGAAAGAUAAAUCAGAACCUGGAAGGUGCCCAGCUCUUAAAAAAAACAGCAUAAGCUUAUGUAUCUCUGUCUUUACAGUGUGGGAUGGCUUGUAGAAUCACAUUGUUCCCUACGGUUUAUCAUUUCUCUAUUUUGGACAGUAGAAUACUGGCAUAGCUUUUGGGGAAUGCAGUACUGGAUAUGACAAAAUGUGUAAUAAACCUUAUGGAAGCUAAGCUGGCAGACAUCUUCAGAAAAUGGAUAGUUUAUCUUUUUUUCCCCAGCAGAAUCACGUAUGUUCCUAACAGCCCUGGCAUUUUUAGCAUGUUUUUAAAAGCAUCACUGAUGUGGAAUACCUCAAAACUAAACGAGUUUGACUGCUUACAUAUCUCUACAGGUGUAGACUGUUAAAAGACCCAUAAUAGGACUAUGUAAGCAUGAAAACAUACUGAUUUUCAAUUUAUUGUGGGGGGGAGUUAUGUCACAAAUACAAUAUACUGUUUCAGUAAGAAAAGAUCUCACCAUGGCACCGUCAGGAAGAAAGCAUGGAGGAAAAGCUGGUAAACCAGCACAGGAAGAUCAGACCAUACCUACUUAUGACUUUGAGGAGGAAAGAAAGGAACUGAGUGGAUCAGAGGAAGAUAUUAGAGAAGGUGCUUAUAUGACUUUUUUUAGCACAUUUGUAAAAUGUGAAUUUUAUCACAUUUAGAAUAGAAGGGAAGAACUUCUGAGUCAACCAGGGCCUGAGCAAAACAUGGUUUGUAAUACCUGACACCACCAGGCUCCUAUUGUGUAAUUUUGAUUGGUAAUUUUCAAAAUAAUAUAAAUAUUUGUGAUUUUUGCUUUUUAAAGGUACAGAAUUACAGUACCUAUUUUACAGUACCGCAAAAUUCGGAUUGGACUUUAUAAUUUUUAUGUUAUUUUUAGCUUUCUGCUGGUUGCUGUAUUGUGGGUUGGAAGAAAUGGUGCAGCAGUGGACAGAGAAAGUGAAACUGUUUGGGACCAGGGCAGAGAACUCAAAGCAGCGCCAGCUCCAAUCUGGGCCUGCAGAAUAAUUCACCUCCAUCUGUCAACUGCAGACUCAGAGAUAGGAGCUGCCUGUGUGACUGAUGGGAACUGACCUUGAGACAUGGUCAGGGAAAUGGCAUUACAGAACAUAAUUACACUUCUAAUAGCUCCAACAAGCAACACAAAAUGUAUUUCUGUAAAUAUUUCUACAAUCCCUCUUUAUUAAGGUGACACAGCAGUAAUGGACAAGCAUGGAAAGAAAAGACCUCUGGUGACUACUCAUGCUCCAGAUGAUGUGGGGGGUGAAGUACAGAAUAUGUUGGAGAGAUUUGGAGCUGACAUUAACAAGGCUCUCUUAGCUAAGAGAAAACGAUUAGAAAUGUAUACAAAAGCCUCACUCAAAACCAGCAACCAGAAGAUUGAACACGUUUGGAAAACGCAGCAGGAGCAAAGGCAGAAACUCAAUCAUGAGUUCUCCCAGCAGUUCAUGACUUUAUUUCAGCAAUGGGAUGUAGAUGUGCAGAAGGCAGAGGAGCAGGAAGAAAAACUAGUGAAUAUGCUUCGUCAGCAACAAAAAGUUUUUCAACAGGCAAGAAUAGUUCAAAGCCAGAGACUGAAAACCAUUAAGCAACUCUAUGAGCAAUUCUUAAAGAGCAUGGAAGAGCUGGAGAAGAGCAAUGAAAAUCUUCUGGUUGGUGCCCAAAAUGAACUUCGCAAGGAAAUGGCAAUGUUGCAGAAGAAGAUUAUGAUGGAUACUCAACAGCAGGAGAUGGCAACUGUGCGCAAGUCUCUUCAGUCCAUGUUAUUCUGAUGGCUCAGUGGAGGAGCAGCUUGUACCUAAGUAGCACGAUACAAGUACAGGCAUUAGAAGGAUGUUGAGAUUCAAAUCUUUCAAGGUUCCUAUUAAACUCUUUCCUGGAUUGUUCUCAUCUUGUCUGUUAAUGUUGUAAGAACAUAUCUUAGUAAACUUUUAUUACUGGGGGACAGUAUGGACCCCAAACCAUUCACUGUCUGUUCAGCUGAUUUUUAAAAAUUUCAUACCCAAUUCCAAUAGCAUUGGACUGUUUAAAUUCUUUCACUUUUUCUAAUACAAACUGUAACAAGGGGAAGAAUUAAUGAAACAUGCAUUACCCAGAUUUACAUAAUAACUGGAGGCCUUUAGGUACAUUGUGCAAAUAGAAGCAUUUCUAACAAACUGCAGAUUUUCAGUUUCAACAUUUAGUCUGCUGAUAUAUUAGCUGUUAUAUGAAUUCACAGUGUAUUACUUAGCUCAGAAUUGUUUAAUGAUGUGUAUUAUGGUAAAUUAAAGUAAAUUUUGUUAACUCUUUUGUUAGUCUAGCCAUUCUACUAUCUCUGUAUUAGUAAGAAAUUUAUAAACUGCUGUAAUUUGUCCAGAAAAUGGGGUUUUUUUAGUUAAAUUAUUAGCUUAAUGUAUCAGCUCAAGUAAAGAUAAUUAAACAUUACACAUUUUUUUUUGUAGGACUACUGCUAGAAGAAAUCUACCUCAUCUAUUUAGUACAGGCUGUUACAAGCCUUUGAGAUGGAAUAUUACUUUUUGCAAUUCCAAAUGACUAGCAAUUUAGGGAGGCUUGAGUUUUAAGGGUAAAGCAUUUAUCUUUCAUGUACCUCAUUACAGUAAAUAAGUAUAAACUAAAUUGGUUUAGUGUGCAUGCAGUUUGUUUUCACAGAAAACCAUUACACCUUAAUAUGUACUUUUAAAAAUUAGGUAGUUACCAACAUAUUUAAUGCUUUAAUACCACAGUAGAUAAAACAAAAACUAGCCACACACACAAUGUGAUGUUUUCACAACAAUGUAUUUCAAAACCAUAUUUUUCUUCUCAGCCUACUAGCAUUCUUUAGGUCAGAGUCUGGUCAUUUGAUGAUGCUUCUACAGGUCUGGAAGCCAGAUUAGUGAUGGCUAACUUGCAGUAACUUCAGCUAUUUGGUUGUAACGAGUAUGGAACUCCUUGUUCUGCCUCUGCUGGGAUUCAGGACAGGAGCAAACAUGGAAGUCACACUGCUACCCUGACACACGAGGCAAUGCAGCCUUCUCAUGGGGAAACUAGUAACAAUGCUGAUUUCUAAUUACCGAGUCUCAGCCCUCUAAGGACAGUUACAGGAGGCUAUGAAGUAGGUGACAGCUUCUGCUUCAGAUCUUCAAUAGGUUAUUUGUUAGCAUUACCUCCUGGUUCUGGUUUUAUUUGUUAGUAUUGAGUCAUGGUUCUGGUUUUCUGAGUGAUUUCUGCAUUACUUUCCUAGUAUCCACAUACUUCAAUCAUAUCCUCAAAACUACUGAUACCUACUGUGCCAGGACACAGUUUUGACCAUUGUGGAGAACCCACUCAUUUCACUCUUUCACUCUAAAGACAUUGCCUGUGUCUUUUUAUCAGGAAGUUAAUUUGCUUACAGUAUUUGGCCAAAGUAAAAUGGUCCUUACCAUCUUUUUUCUAUUUGACCGUGGCCUGGGUUCAGGCUAAAUUCAUGUGCAGAUGCUGUGUCAUUUCCAGCCUCAAACAGGAGUAGUAGGAUUCAUUCUGAAUUGAUAUUAGUCACUUUGAGUUGUAGUCCUUUGGCAUUAACUGAUACAGUUAUCACUCAAAAGGAUCAUUAUACUCUUAGGCAGGAGGGUGGUUGAUGCUAUUUUAUUCCUCCAGACCAACACACAAUACACCACUUCAAAAGUUCCUUGAAUGCUUCAGGAAUCAUUUUUGAAUUAAAAGCAGGUAGGAGGCUGCAGUGGUAGCAUUUUUAAAACAACAGUGGCAUUCUUUAUUGCAACAGUCCUCUUGUUAGACAUAUUAUGUUACCCAGUGGGUCUGUUCUUGAAGGAGGAGAGAGGCUGAUAUUGGGCCUAAGUUCCUGGUUUAGAGUUUUACAUUAUGGUUCAGUUUUGUGCUUUUUUUGUUUCAAUAAAGUACAAUGGUAAUGGGAGCAAUAGGUAAUGAGGUAAUAGGAUCAAUUAAGGUAAAUGAACACAGUGAUAACAAAAACACCACAGAGGGAAACGGAGGUGGGCUGCAGUGCUGGAGCAACAGGCAUUGAAGUUGAUCAGUGAACUUAAUCCUUCACUUGCAUAGGCUUACAGAUACAAGUGAGGGUACCUAAAGUUCGAGUCCUGUCCUUACACUGCUACCUGUAGUCUAGAUAAGGAAGAAGUACAAUGACACUAACCUUACUAUGACCACAAAACCAGAAACUGGCCUUGAAAGAAAGUGCAAGCCAAAGUUUCAUGUGGUAGCAGUAGGUUAUGUACUUAGAUACCAGAGAAUGCAUGAAGUCUAUAGGCACUCAUAACAGUACCUUGAAGUAGAAGAAAAUUUUCCUGAGCUGUACUUCCUUUAUCUACUGAUCUAACAGCUUGUUCCUUAGAAGUACCAGAAGAGAGAUUGAGUGAUUUUUGUCUCAUUUUACCAGCCUUAAUAAUGCAGGAUUGAAUUAGUUGGUGUAACUGACAACCACUUCAGAGCAGUUCUAACUAAACUUUAGAAACUAAUGCAACAAGAUUAGACAAUUGGGUUAGGGAAACAUGAAAUUCCUCUUCAAAUUCUGGUUGGUAGCACCUUGGUUUGCAUCUACAUGCACCAGAAGAGAAGUACAGAAUUAAAGUUACCUAACAGGAAAUGGCAGCAUUUUCAAAUGUAGUAUUUGAGGUCUGAAACACAGGGAAAUAGGUGUACAACAGCAUCUGCACAAUGUUUUAUCUACUAAUUCUAACAUCUGGUAAUGUCUGAAACACAGUGAACUUUCUCAUAAAACUGUUUUCUUCAAAAGCUUAAUCUGUCUUCCCAAAAAAGAGAGGCUGCUUCGUUCCCCUAACUGCUUCUUCUCUUGUCCUUGAUCUAU